AUCGUACUGCAUUGACACAUUGACAGGAAUUUUAUUAUCGAUCUGCACUAAAUGUCGCUACAAUUGAAAUGGCCGACGUUUAGGGGGAGUGUCUACCAGAAAUUUGUUUUCUAAUUGAUAUUUAAAACGUAGUGGUACACCACCUAAGGCUGUAACAUUCCAAAUUAAAAGACUGAAACAUUUUAUUGGCAUAAAAUGGCUUGGCGUUUUAAAGCCUCUAAGUAUAAAAAUGCGGCACCAAUCGUGCCGAAGCCCGAAGCAUGCAUUAGAGAUAUAUGUGUGGGCUCGUAUCAGACUUAUGGGAACAAUAUAUGUGCGUCGGCAGCGUUUAUGGCGUUCAACUGGGAGCAUGUAGGCUCCAGCAUGGCUGUGCUACCUCUGGAUGACUGUGGCAGGAAGAGCAAGACUAUGCCACUGUUGCAUGCUCAUUCUGAUACAAUUACCGAUAUGGAUUUUUCACCAUUCCACGACGGCCUGCUGCUCACUGGCUCACAGGAUUCUUUGGUAAAAGUAUGGCAUAUUCCACCAGAGGGUCUCAAGGAGUCUCUCUCCACACCCGAAUGUACUCUGUCCCAAAAGCAACGCAGAGUGGAGAAUGUUGGCUUUCACCCUGUUGCUGAUGGCUUGAUUCAUGUCGCGUCUGGACAUGAACUUGCAUUGUGGGACUUAACGAAGCAGAAGGAGGCUUUUGUAAACAAAGACCACACAGAAGUGAUACAGUCGACAUCAUGGAAGAAGGACGGCAAGCUGGUGGCCACCUCCUGCAAGGAUAAGAAGGUGCGAGUGCUGGACCCUCGUGUCGACUCGCCCGUGCUCAAUGUGGCGAACAGCCAUCAGAAUAUCAAGGAUAGUCGGCUCGUGUGGCUCGGUGAUACAGAUAGGAUACUUACUACAGGUUUCGAUUCAGCGCGUCUCCGUCAAAUAAUGAUCCGCGAUAUUCGCAACCUGUCUCAAACGCAGAAGACCCUCGAGCUCGACUGCUCCACGGGAGUGCUGAUGCCACUGUUCGAUCCGGACACCAAUAUGCUGUUCCUCGCUGGGAAGGGCGAUACAACGAUACUGUAUAUGGAAUUGACUGAUAAGGAGCCGUACUUGAUUGAGGGGUUACGGCAUUCGGGUGAGCAGACGAAAGGCGCCUGCCUGGUGCCCAAGCGGGCGCUGCGCGUGAUGGAGGGCGAGGUGAACCGCGUGCUGCAGCUCGCCGGCUCCUCCGUCGUACCCAUCAUGUACCAAGUGCCGAGAAAGAGCUACCGCGACUACCACGCGGACCUGUACCCGGACACGAGCGGCGCAGUCACCUACCUCAGCGCACCGAUGUGGCUCGACAAGCUGGACUAUCCAGUACCCAAUAUAUCCUUGCAUCCGGACGCUAACAACUCUACCCAGGUACAUCGGGGGAAUUUAGAAGAACUGGUCAAGAAUAUACUAGCAAUGCCGGUUCCGAAGAAAGGUGACACUAAAGUUGUCACAACUACAACGGAAGUUAAGUCAGCACCUAAACCACAGACUAUACAAACACCUGAGAAAGAAGAAGAUAGAAUUGAUUUUAUUAACGUUAAAGAUAUGAUAAAAGGCAUGGAGAAACAAAAAGUUGAACCCAAAGAGUACACAAAAGAAAACGGAUUCCACAAGAAGAUAACAGAUAAUGGGUGCGAUGAGAAGAAAGACUAUGAAAUGGAAAAAGCUCAGAGUCUGGAAAAGACCGAUUCGGAUUCUAGUGAAACGCUUUCCAGGAGUAACAGUUUGAUCAAUGGCAUUCAGGUACCGAAGCCAUUGCCCAGAUCGUCCAUUUCGGAAGCUGGAUCUGCGAGCGAUGACCUCGAGGCGCCGAAACCUAAGCCCAGGACUACUGCGAUGCCUGUAUCGGGUUAUAAGCCACGUCUCGGCCCGAAGCCAUUCUCCGCGUCCGCCGGCAGCGAAGAGUUUUCCUUCGACAAAGUGUUCUCGGUCCCCGCCGUGCCGGGGGUCAAGAGCGAUAAUGCGACUUCACCUGUAUCUGGUUCGAUGCCAGUGACGUCAGCGCCGACGCCUAAAGACGAGGACAAGGAGAAAUCUCUGUCUCCCACCAGCGAUGUGGAAGUGGCUCCUAAAGAAGAGUACACGAACGGCAAGUCAGACACGAGCGUGGAGGAGGAGGUCAACAGUUCGGACUCCGGCUACAUCCCCAAAACACCGAGCACCGCUGAUAGGAGGAAAAUGUUCGAGACCACUGACGGCGUGAAGUCGAUAGCGGACCGGCGGCGCGCGUACGAGGUGCGCUCGGUGAGCGCCGCGCCCGACGCGGAGGCGCCGCUCUCGCCCGCGCCGCUGAGACGAAGGGACUCCCUAAAAUCGCGCAAAAGCCCCGACAGAGAAGAGAAACGCUCGUCCGUGCCCAAUGUCACUACGAAACGGACGUCUACUGUUUUCGGAAAAGUAUCAAAGUUUCGUCACUUAAAGGGAACUCCGGGCCACAAGUCGACACAUAUUGAGAAUAUCAAGAACAUCAGCCGACAGAUCUCGGGAGAGUGCCAUGGCUUCUGUGCGAACGGCGUGCGGUGCGCGGUGCCGGUGAGCGCGGGCGGCGGCGGCGGGCGCGUGGCGGUGGUGGAGCUGCCCACGGGCGCCACGCCGGCGGCGCGCGCCGCGCCCGCGCACCCCGCGGCGCUGCACCCGCACGCGCUGCUGCACCCGGCGCCGCUGCAGGACUUCGCCUUCGACCCCUUCCGCCCGGAGCGCCUCUUGGUCGCCUGCGACGACGGCGCCGUGCGCGAGUGGAUCAUACCGGAGGGCGGUCUCACGGAAUCGACCAACGAGCCGAACCGCACGUUCUCAGCGCACCCGGACAAGAUCUACAUCAUACGAUUCCAUCCGACCGCCUCAGACCUCCUCACCACGGCGGCGCACGACCUCACGGUGAAGCUGUGGGACCUCGCCAAGGAGGUGCCCACCGCUGAGAUCACGCUCACGGGCCACACGGACCAGAUAUUCGCGCUCGACUGGUCCCUGUACGGGGAGUAUCUGGCUACCGUGUGUAAGGAUGGAUUGAUUAGGGUGUACAACCCGCGCGUGUCCACGGCGCCGAUCCGCAGCGGCGGCGGCGCGCUGGGCAGCCGCGGCGCGCGCGUCGUGUGGGCGCUCGCCGACACGCACCUCGUGGUCACCGGGUUCGACAGGGUAUCGGAGCGGCAGAUACUGCUGUACCGCGCGGACUCGCUCGCGGCGCCGGUGUGCACGGUCUCGCUGGACGUGUCGCCCGCCAUCCUGCUCACGCACAUCGACCACGACUCGGGCACACUCUUCUUGACCGGACGGGGCGACUCGACGAUCUACUGCUACGAGGUGACCUCGGAGGCGCCGUACCUGUGCGCGCUGUCGCACCACCGCGCGCCCACGCUGCACCAGGGCAUCGCCUUCCUGCAGAAGAACAUGCUCGCUGUUGAGAAGGUGGAGUUCGCGAGAGCUCUUAGACUGACAAAUGGGAAUGUGGAGCCUCUGUCAUUCACAGUGCCUAGGAUUAAGAGCGAGCUGUUCCAAGACGACCUGUUCCCGCCGACGCUGGUGACGUGGGCGGGCUGGCAGCGCGCGGCGGCGUGGCUGCGCGCCGAGCCGCUGGCGCCGCGCCUGCUCAGCCUGCAGCCGCCCGGCAUGGAGCCGCUGUCGGCGCACACGGCGCCGGCGAACGCGCCGAAAGAUAAACCGGCGCAGAAGCCGAAACCGGACCUCAUCAAAUCGCACGUGCCGAUGGACGCUAAGGAUAAACAGGAUAGCAUAAUGAAAUCCAUGAGCGCUAAGGUGACAAUGAAUUUGAAGCUAGAACAGGACAGCAUGGAGGGCGUCGACGAAGCCGAGUGGGACCAGUGAAGGGGAUACACCCUACAUUGAUACUAAACCUGCGUUCUGACGUUUU